UGGUUUAACUUCGGUUGCUGAGCGAUGUCUUGAGAUUUUUGAUUGAAAUUUGUUUGUGAAUCGAAGGAAAUCGAAGCUAUAUCGAUUCGACAAGGAUGCGAAUCAGUGGAAGGAGCGAGGAGCUGGUACUGUGAAGCUUUUAAAGCAUAAGAAUACUAGGAAGAUUCGUCUCGUCAUGAGGCAAUCGAAAACUCUGAAGAUCUGUGCUAAUCACUUCGUUAAACCAGGCAUGAGUGUUCAGGAACACGUUGGAAAUGAAAAGUCUUGUGUAUGGCACGCUCGUGACUUUGCCGACGGAGAACUGAAGGAUGAACUUUUCUGCAUCCGAUUUGCUUCAAUUGAGAGUGGGUAUGCUCAUCCAUUGGAUCUUGUGAUGCAAUGGUUUCUGAGCUGU